CAGCAGGCUGUAGCUGGGAGGGAAGCAGAGCUGGCUUAGAAAGCCCAGUUAGCAGGUCAGCAUCAAGAAGGCUAGUUCAUGCAGUAGCUCUCCAUCUGCCACUCUCUGUCUCCCUCUCUUGCUUUCUUUCUCUGUAACUUAGUUUCUCUCUGUCUUUUUUGCACCCCUCCCAGACCGCGCAAGAGGUGAUGAUGCAGCACAGAUGUUGCAGAUGCGAUUUACUUUAGUGUCUGUUUGAAAUCUCAUGUGGCCAGCUUCAAAGUUCUGGGACUAAGCCAGGAUUUUGAGUACACUACCUGCUCUUCCGGGAAAAAGGGGAUCUUUUUCGACCGAAGCUGACACUUUUUAUUUUCUUCUGAUUUUUUUUUACUGAGAACUCACUUACCGUGCAGUAAUGAAGCUGCACUUUUUCCAAGUGGUUCUCCAUCCAUUUCUGUUUGGAGUUUUCCUGACUCUCAUUGAUGCCAAAGGUACCUUCUAUGGCAGUCCUUACAGGUACAACCUGUACAAAUCUGGAUCCAGCCCUCAUUACACUCCAGGCAAACCCAUGGGCAGACACAAAAACUAUUGUGCAUAUGUUGUCCAGAGGAAUAUCUCAUGCACAAUACAGGAUGGGACAGCUACCUAUGUUAAGGCCGAGUACAGCAAAUGUACCUGGGGACAGAAAUGCCCAAUUGUCAUGUAUCGGACCUUCUAUAAACCUAAGUACAAGGUGGGUUACAAGGCUGUGACAGAGCUGGAGUGGAGAUGCUGUCCUGGCUACUCAGGGGAGGGCUGCCAUGAAGGACCCACAUCACUCCCCGAGAUGAUGCCCCCGUUCAUGGGUUCUAUGACCCCUCCUGGUUUCAAGGGGCAACCCUGGGGCCAUCCUAGAGUACCACCUGACCAGAAGACCGUCCCCACAGGUCACCUCGAGCCAUUGAAACCUUUCCCUGUGGGACAGCCAGAGCAGAAAUCCGUCCCUAGUGGGCACAUACCACCUGGGCACAAAAAGUCUUAUUAUGCUCGCAAGCUCACAGGAGUCCUUGGGGAGCGGCUGGACAGGAUGGAGGAAGAGCUGCGGCGACUGUCCCAGGGCUUUGACACCUUGCAUGGCAUGGUGACCGGCCUGGAGGACAGCCUGCGCCUUUCCCUGAGGGAAGACACCAACAAGAUGCUGGGCUCCCUCCUGAGCUCACCACCACACCACUCCGACUCUACCGUGGGCUUUGGGGUAAUUCCCGAUGGUAACCCCGAUGGCCUGGAGGGUGGAGAGGGCUUCCCAGGCUUUGGAGACCUGGCAGGGAAAGUGACAGAGGUGAAGGAUGAGCUGAGGAUCAAGAGCGAAAUGCUGGAUGAGCUCCAUGGCAUGGUCUUGGGCCAUGAUGGGCAGCUCAAGCACUUGUUAGAGUCUGACACUGGAAGACCCUCUCCCCUGACCUCGCAGAAAAUUCUGGAGGAACUUAUAGAUACCAAGCUGGCAGGAAUACGGGCAGAGAUCCUGGAUGGCUUUGAAAAGCGCUUGUCUGGAUUGCAGAACCACUGUGAGGCACGUAUUGGGGAGGUUCAGCGCCAGUGUCACCAGGAACAGCUCAAUGGGCAGGAGAUGAUACAGCAUUCCCUGGAUGGAAGGGAAACAGGCCUGAGAAAGGAGCUGGGGAACCUACAAGCUCAGAUCCAGGGCCUGACUCUGACAGAGAGCUGCUGUGGCCAAGUUUCAAGUCUCUCAAACAGAGUCUUGUUGAUCGAGGAGUCAUUGAAGGGCCUAACUGAGUCUCACAGAGAACUUCAACCCAUACUGGACGCACAUUCCACUAUUAUAGGGAAUGUGUCCGACCGGGUGGAAAUGCUGGACAUCAGGCUAAGUGCUGUGGAGAGAGAAUGGGUUGAUAGUAAAUUUGAAGGACAGAAGACUUGUUCUAAACGCCUGGAAGAUAUUGAAGCACGAUUAAAUUCUACAGAGGUGACUUUAUCAAAGAACACAACUGAUCCUCCUCUCCUGGAAGGCCUGGAAAUUCCCACUUUGGAGACGGAUCUAGAGGCUAUAAGGAGGCAACUGGAGGGAGAGUUGAGUGGGAUGCAAAACCAACUGUCUCAUCUAGAGAUCCUGUGCUCCUCGGCCUGUCCCAAGGCUUCUGGGAUGGUGGAAAAGCUCCAAACAGAGAUGGAGGAGUGCAAGGACACAGAAAAGAAAGUCUCUGGGCAGCUGGACGCCCACACGGAUGACCUGAAUAAGCUCAACAGCACCCUGCAACAGGUCCUCAACAGGCUGGUCAAGAUGGAAGGGGAAGACUCCAUUCAAGGCGAAAUCACACUCCUGAAGAUCAACUUCAACUCUGUAAAUCGCACCGUCAAGGGCCUGAAGGACUCCGUCGGCCUCUUUGCUCAAGAGGUGAGCCAGGCUAACUCCACGUGGCAGCAGCACGAGCUCUGGCUGACAGACCAGGUCCAUGGCAUCCAGCAGCUGGUGGGACAACAGGGCUCUCAACUGGGCCUAAGCGAACGCCGUCUCCAUCAGCUGAAGGGGGAGCUGCAGACUUUGAAGCGCAGGUUGGCUGGAGAGCUGCAGGGCUGCAAAAGCACGGCCCUUAAUGUCCAGAGAGAAUUCAGCGUGGUGGAUGGAAGAGUGACGCAGGUAGAAGGGCUGUGUGGAAAUCUGGGAGGGCUGGCGGACGACUUGGAAAGAAUCCGUGGGGAGCUGGAGAGCCACUCCAACAGCUACCUCUCGCAGGUGAAGGGGACUCUGUCUACCCACUCCCAUCAGCUAGCUGAGCUGAAAGACGGACUUAAAGACUGCCUCAACAAAACAGGAGAAGCAGGACAGAAUGGAAACCAUUAAAACCAUUAAUCUCUGUUCACUGACAAGGAGUGGGUGUGCUCAUGGCUGUAUAGAUGAAAAAGAUUUCGUCCAGGUUUUAUAUUAAUGGGGCAUUUUUUCACUUUUAUAUGGACUUAAAUGAUAGUUUUAACUUAUAUGAAGAUAAAAGAAGAGAGACUGCAAUGUGAUAUAUUGGUAAAAUUUGUUAAAGCAAAACAAUACCAGAAAUUACUAAGCUGCUACGGGUUUCUACUGGCAAGUCAUUUCUAUUUCUUUUUAAAAUUUUAAUUUUUUUACAUUUUCAAUUUCAAAGGUGCUAAACAUUUUUGUACAUUUGUUUUGUGUGGAAAAACACGAGUUUGUCCAAAAUUAAUUUGUCCUUUUGUUGUAUUUGGCUUUCCAGUAGUUUUCAUUAUUAUACCUUAUAUCUUUGUUUCUUAAUUCAGAAAAAAAAACGAUAAAUCUGCAAAGUGAAAAAUCUUUGGCCUUUGACAGGUAGAUAAGGAAACAAGAAGUACUGCAGUACAGUUAGUUGUUGACAUUUCACUAUAUUACCACAAGGUGCCAGUCAAGCACAUACAGUAUAUUAAAAUAUCUUCCACAUGUUCUUUGGGAAAAUUCAGAGCUAUAUACUGUAUACUGUAACUGCCAGGGAUGGAUAACCAAUUAAGUUAAAAGGGGGUAAAAUAACAAGAGGCAUUGCAUUUGCUUUUUUUUUUUCAUUUUCAACUGCACGUUUGUUUUAAAUAGAGUUUUCAAAAUUCAGACCUUUACUCUUAGAGGGGCAAGUCAUCAAUCCCGUUUUUGACAAAAUACUCAUUUUGACGGUAAAUAUAUUGAAUGGUCAUCUUUAAUGAUUCUUCCAAAUAAAACAAAACAAAAAAA